AUGUCGGAGCAUAAAGACAGCGAGAACCACAAUCUCAAGAGAGACCAUGACUCCAUCAACGGAACCCACUCCCCCAGACCAGUGGUGCAUCCCAAAAGAUCCAAAUUACUUGCAUCAUCACAUUUCGAUCUCAACUCACCACUACAAACUAGACCGGCAUCACCUUUGAUCCUUAAUCCGCCAAUAGACUCAGAUGGACUUUCAUGGCCUUCACACGGUGCUAGAUCACGUAUUGAACAAACCCCUGAAGAAGCAGCUGAGCGCGAAAAGCGCAUUGCUGAUGCCGUUCGGACAAUCUUGACUGAAUUGGGCGAAGAUACCAAUCGUGAAGGGAUCUUGGAAACACCUGAACGAUAUGCUCGUGCCAUGUUGUUUUUUACAAAGGGUUACGAAGACAAUAUCCGUGAUGUUAUCAAGAAUGCCGUUUUUGAAGAAAACCACGAUGAAAUGGUGAUUGUUAGAGAUAUUGAAAUAUACUCCCUUUGUGAACAUCAUUUGGUACCUUUUUUUGGUAAAGUGCACAUUGGAUACAUCCCGAACAAGCGGGUCUUGGGGUUGAGUAAAUUGGCAAGAUUGGCUGAAAUGUACGCGAGAAGAUUUCAAGUUCAAGAAAGAUUAACUAAACAAAUUGCUAUGGCAUUGAGUGAGAUUUUGAAACCUCGUGGUGUGGCGGUAGUCAUGGAGGCUACGCAUAUGUGUAUGGUGAGUCGCGGUGUACAAAAGACUGGUAGUUCAACAACAACGAGUUGUAUGCUUGGAUGCUUUAGAGAUCAUCAAAAGACAAGAGAAGAGUUUUUGACAUUGUUGGGGAGAAAGUAA